AUGAAUGAUCUUUUCUCAGGAUCUUUCUCACGUAUCCGGAACCAAGAUCAAUCGCCGCCGCCAAAUUCCCAUGUUGUAGAGAUGACACAGUCGCCAUCCACAGGCGGCAUCAAUCUUGACAAGUUUUUCGAAGAUGUCGAGGCCAUCAAGGACGAACUCCGGGACCUCGAAACGCUCUAUAGUCAACUCCAAGCCGCCCACGAGCAGAGCAAAACCCUGCACAACGCCAAGACCGUGAAAGACCUACGGGCGAAAAUGGACAACGACAUCUCUAUAUCGUUGAAAAAGGCGAAAGUUAUCAAGGUCCGAUUAGAGGCUUUGGAUAGAGCCAACGCUGCUAAUCGGAGCAUCCCGGGUUGUGGACCCGGGAGCUCGUCGGAUCGGACAAGAACCUCUGUCGUUAACGGGCUGAGGAAAAAACUUCAGGAUAUAAUGAACCGAUUCAAUGACCUGAGACAGAAGAUGAACUCCGAGUACAGAGAAACAGUUCAGAGAAGGUACUACACAGUUACAGGGGAAAACCCAGAUGAAAAAAUCCUUGAUAAUCUAAUUGAAACAGGUGAAAGCGAAACUUUUCUCCAAAAGGCGAUACAGGAACAGGGCAGAGGACAGGUAAUGGACACUAUAAUGGAGAUUCAAGAAAGGCACGAUGCAGUGAAGGAAAUGGAGAAGAAUCUGAGGGAAUUGCACCAAGUUUUCAUGGACAUGGCUGUUUUGGUUCAGAGCCAGGGUGAGCAAUUAGAUGACAUUGAGAGCCAUGUGAUUCGAGCCAAUUCCUUUGUUAGAGGAGGAACUCAUCAGCUGGAGGUGGCUAGGAAACACCAGAAAAAUACCAGAAAAUGGACUUGUUUUGGGAUCAUUCUCUUGUUGAUCAUCAUCUUGAUUAUUGUUUUGUCCAUCAGGCCUUGGGAGAAAAAAAAAUAG